AUGUUUGUCGAGGAGGUGCAUUAUGCGAUCGUUGAGGAGAUGGAGGCCCUCGAGAGGAUGGAUCCCGAACCAUGGGCUGGGCUUGCGGCUUUGGAUGCCGUUGAGUUUGGGAAGCAUAUGAGUACGGCCGGGAAGUUCGAGUGCACGGUGACACUCGAUGCCUUCCCGUGCAGAUGCUUUGCUCACAAAUCCUGCCUUCCUUCUGUCGGCUCGAUUCAGCGUGUCGCUGCGCACUACUGGAAAGAUGCUCAUGGCAACUGGGUUCCCAACGAUUGGCCUUUGUCGCUGCCAGUUGCUUGGCAUAAGCCUGUGUCAGCGCUCUGA